UGGCUUCACCUGCCUUCAACUUGGCAUGCUGGUUUCUUGAGUGGUGUCUCUCUCUCUCCUUGGUCUAGAUGCUUGAACUAUGAUGCAGCUAGAUCUACCAGUUUCUGUGUCUAAUCAACCAACAAUUGCACCAUGAGCCUUGAUCCGAGCUCGUUCCCAAGGUCCAAUUCCCCCGCAAGCUCCGACAGCUCUCUAACGCGCUCCCGGCUACGGGGGAAAGAAGGGUCCCUGAAAAAGGACAAGAAUUACCGCCGAUAUGCUUCCAGCGUUGAACGUGCCCUGUCGCUCUUCGAUAACACUCUGCAGGAAUGGGCGGAUUAUAUCUCCUUCCUCAGCAGGCUUCUGAAAGCCCUUCAGACACAUCCUCCAGAUCAGCCUGUGGUUCCUCACAAGGUUCUUGUCGCCAAGCGGCUAUCUCAGUCCAUGAAUCCUUCCUUGCCAUCAGGGGUUCACCAGAAGGCGCUCGAAGUCUAUACUUACAUCUUCAACCUAAUCAAACCGGAAGGUCUUUCGCAUGACCUUCCUUUGUACUACCCUGGUAUUGCACCGACACUGACAUUCGCCUCUCUUACUGUUCGCCCAUUAUUUUUGUCUUUGGUAGAAACAUACGUUUGCGACCUGGAACCAUGGGCAAUCCGACCCGCGUUGAAGGCGAUCAUCUUAUCGCUAUUGCCCGGACUGGAAGAGGAAACGAGCGACGAUUUUGACUCUACACUUCGUUUGCUCAAUACCCUUCGUGAAAUAGCUAGUCGAAUGGAUACACAACGGCCAGGGGCGGAGACGAAUUCAAGCGGCCAAUAUUUCUGGCAAUGCUUUUUCCUUGCCUCAAUUACUAGCCCUAGCCGGCGGCUAGGAAUUCUGGCCUAUCUGAACCGUUAUCUUCCUAAGCUGGGCGUCACAGACCGGAGACCGAGUAGGCAUGAGGAAGUAGACGCUACGGCCAUGCCCCUUGAAAUGCAGGUGGCUGUGGACUCGGUCAUUCUACCCGAACCCGGAUUGUUGAUUCGAUGCUUCGCAACAGGUCUUACGGAUGAGCAAGUCUUGGUUCAGCGGAACUUCCUUGACCUUCUUGUAACGCAUCUCCCCUUGAGUUCGCCUAUUCUGCAAACCCGGAUAACCAAGGAUGACCUUCAACGACUCAUUGUUGCGGCAGCAGGUGUUGUUUCUCGUCGAGACAUGAGUUUGAAUAGAAGGCUUUGGGCUUGGCUUCUGGGCCCUGACCCUGUGGGUGACCGCGCCUCUUUUGAGGCUCGCCCCUCAAUUUCCAGCACAGCUUCAAAGACCGCCGCUGAAAGUGAAGAGCUCUCGCAAUCGCAGUACUUCAGUCGGUUCGGUUUGCAACCCUUGGCGAGUGGCCUACUGCAAUUGCUUAAAAGAGACACCGAACUCCCUUCAGAGAAGGCAAAGCCUUUCAGGAUAACACUUUCGCUCAUGGACAGGUGGGAAGUUGGCGGGCAUGUAGUACCUGCUGUCUUUCUGCCGUUCAUGCGGAGCGUUAAGGCUUAUAAGUUGGCAGCGCCUAAGGCCCAUUUUGAUGAGGUUUUUCGAAGUGCCACAUCUUUUUUCGAUGGAGUGGAAAGUGGCAUGAUAUUCUCCGAGCUCCUCAAUUUGAUAGAUUGGGACGCGAAGAGUCUGGCUAACGAUGCUCCCCGGAUACUGGACAACUUGAACUUGGCCCACUUUAUCCUGGAUCAUUUUAAUGUCCGCGAAGAAGACAUGGUUCUGAAUCAUGCCCCGUUACUGACCUUAGCCGCCCUGAUCAAGAUGAGCGAGCUAUCCUCGGAAGCUACUACUUCGGUAGCCCACGAUCAAUUACAAGCUGUAUCUAACGGAUUAUCAAAGGUGGUGACUUUGUUGACAGGGUUAUUGAUUGAUCGCGCUUUUCUCCGGAAGUCUGAUUCCAAGAACUCAGUAAAUGAACCGUCGAUGCUGCUUGACCGUCCAGGUUCUGCGAUCUUGAGACAAAUACAUCAGUUCUAUGAUCGAAGCAGAAACAGUCUCGACCUGCAGCCGCCUCCCUUUCCGCCUACAGACCUGGCGGAUUUGAUAAUCAAGAAUGUUUAUGAACAGGCCAUAUCCGCUGUCAAUGCGUGCAAUGACGCUAAAUCAAUACCAGAGAGACUCAAUCUUCUGAUCGUGGUAUUGAAAAAGCUUCCUAGAUCGCGCAUCUUGCGGGACAAAAGGCUCUAUGUAGCCAUCGGCAAACAUAUUCAAGCGUCCACAGUCGAGUUAUCAACAGCUUCAUUCUCACAUCUCUCUUCUAUGUCGACAACGAUAACAAGUCUCUAUUGUAUCCACAAAUUGGGCUACUAUAUCACUUAUGAGGAGGUCUCUGACUUAAUCCCACCACUCGUCAGACAGCUGUGGCAAUUCCUCUCACCACUGAGUCCUAAGUUUCAUGUGGAAGCCGUUCGCUGUUUAUGGAAUCUGCACUCAGUUUCGUGGUCGGACCACCUAGUUGAAUCGACCAUCACGUCCUUAAUGUUUACUCCACCUGCGCCAGGCUCAUACCAACUCUCUUCUGAGGAGGAGGCUGGUAGAUACUUCAUUCUCUGGAAUCACAGCCACCAUGGUACAUAUGAACUACCUCCGAAGAACCUGCAGGACUCGGCUCAAUCACAAGCCUCUUAUCAUUCUUCAAUGCUUGAACGGCCGCUUUUCACUGUCUUAGACUUAUUGUCCCAAGGGUCAACUCAACCAGCCCAGGUGGUUCAGUUGUGGCUCCAGGAUCUUCCGUCGGUAGCGAAGGUUUUUCGUAUAAUUAUUUCAAAGCUGGAGGGUGUCUUGCACCGGGGAAAUCAAUUAGGGACUUUUGAAGGAAAUACUGUUGUAUCCCCAGACGACUAUGCGGAGUGCAACUACCUUUUCGAGACGAUCCACAACGUUCUGGGGGCACUUAAUCAUAACGGAUGGGUUUCUCUUCUUACGCAAACGAUGGCGCAUAACAGCAGGCGGCACGACGCUUCUGCUUCAGAGGACAAUGCCGAAGCCCCAAGCCUCCACUCAGUUGUUUUUCAGGCUUCGCUGAAGAUUGUGAGUGGCUACAAGUCUGGUACUGCAACUGCGAACGCAGAGGAGGUCAAAUUGCAGCAGAUAUCUCUCCUAGUCAUGCGCCAACUUCUGCUGGGACCAGGUGUCGAGGAGCUAGUGGAAUCCGGAAUUGACUCACUUCUUGUCGACCGGCUUUAUUCUAUGCUUGACGAGGGUGGAGAUAUUGCAAUCCAAGCGGCAUUGAUCGAUACGCUCCUCGCUGUGCUAAAGGCUCGCUUUUCCCAAGCUUAUUUACCGCCGCCUCCUACAAAACCUAAGCACCAAAGAGGGGGCUCUCGCGAGAAAUUGACCAGUCCCUCUCUUCUCUCCUUCACAAGCGACAAGCCAGAGAAAUCAUCCGUGCUGCUGCCGUCCCCUGAGCCUCCUCAACGCCUGUUGGAUUGCCUGCUCAAAGGCCUCAGCUCUCCAAGAUCCAGGGCGAUAAUCGACAAAUGGAUCAUGCUGCUUUGUGAAAUACUCCCAAUCUAUUCUACGUGCAUCUUCCAAAUUCUGCUGACUUUGGUGGAUUGCCUGGGAAGGGAGAUUAGACAGUCAUACACGAAUCUCCAGUCCGCAUUCGAAAAGACAGAAGGUUGGCCCAAAGAUCGUCCCGAGCAGACCACUAUAUCCCUCCUGACUGGUUUUGAGACGUGUAUUGCAGCUGCUCAUGAGCGCCUUCUCAUGGAAGAAGUAAAUGCGCCGGCAGCCAAGAGUCCGGAUCAAACCCAUGGCUUCUUCGGGAAUAUGGUUUCGGGUGUCUUCGCGUCUGAUUCUAACCAUCCACGCUCUGCGGCGAUGAACAACAGACUUACUGUUCUAUUGUCGUUUCAAGACGCCGUACGUCUCUGUUUUUCUAUUUGGUCGUGGGGUGCUGCGGAACGAAGUAGCCUUCCCCAAGACACGGAGUCAAUAGCGUCGUUCCAAUAUACAUCACUGCGAAUGCGGAACAGAUCUCGCCGGAUUCUCGAGCAUUUGUUCACUGCCGAAGCAUUGGAGUGUCUAGAGACAAUGGUGGAUAUGUGGAUCAAGUCUGACAGGGAUACAUCGCCUCUGAUCUUUAAUCUCCUUCACACUUUGGACGGGUCUCGUCCGAAGAUUGCCAUUCCAGCUAUCUUCAAUGCUAUCUAUACACGAACAAAUCCUGCCGCGCUUGACCCCAGCCGCAAGUCGACGAUGACAACGGCCUUAACAGAGACUGAGUUAGCGGGAUUCCUGGUAACUUACGCUAGGUCUCUUGACGAUGAUGUCCUGGAUGAGAUAUGGAUAGACUGCACGACUUUCCUGCGAGAUGUACUAAGCAACCCUUUCCCUCACAGGCAGAUCCUCCCGCGGCUAGUUGAGUUUGCUGCCAUCUUGGGCGUAAAACUUGAGAACACGAACUUUGGCGAAGAUCGUCGGAUGAGAAAGGAGUUGGGGGAUGUGAUACUGCGCCUCCUCACCGCCAUCUUUACAAGUAAACCCAUGGGCUUUACGCAGGAACAAGGGCUUCUAGGUCGUGCCUCAUUAGACUAUGAUAGUUCAUCGAUCCAGCGCAUAGGGCCAGAUGAUAUGUUAAGUAUCCUUGUUGCGUCCAUGCCUGCGUUCUCGAUGACACUAGGGGACAUGGAUCGAAUCACUACGGCCGUGUCAAAUAUUUCUACCAAUAUUAUCGGGCCGUUCAUACGUGCCCGACUCUUUCCUAAUAAUCUUAACACCAGCUUUAUGGCUUUGAUGCAACAUAUCUCGAAAAUCCCCCAAGUGGCAAAGGUUUGGAAGAAGGAUGUGGCUGAUGCUUUCAAUGAUCCCCGGUUUUUCGGGUCGCAACUCGACCUGGUAAAGGGCGGCUGGAUGACUCUUUUGCGGCAAUGGGCCUUGGUUGACAAAGACCGACUGUCUGAGAUAAUGACUCGCCUAACCCCGCCGGCCACAGCUGGCAUAAUGUUCGGCGUUGGUGCAUCCGCAGCUCGUUUGGAUGCUGAUCGUAAAGCCCAACUAAAUCUUCGUCGGAUAAGUCUUUUGGUGUUAUCUACAGCUGAGGACUAUUUUAUCGCAGAGAUGCCGGCGCUACUGCAGAAGCUGGAGGAUCUUCUUGGAGCUACCGCUUCAUCAUCUCCAUCUUCCGCUACAAGAGCGGAAAUCUUCAUGGUCCUCCGAGCACUCAUACUGAAGAGCACAACAACCACGCUGAGCCCAUUCUGGCCGUUAAUAAACAGUGAGCUUCAAGAAGCUAUUUCAGCUAUCUCAUCUGGAAACCAGCAGGAGUUGUACAAUCCAUAUUCUUUGCUCCAGGCCUGCAAGCUUCUGGACACAUUGCUUGUUCUUGCGCCUGACGAUUUCCAAUUACUUGAAUGGCUCUAUGUUACUGAUACUGUCGACGCUAUAUACCCCCCAGAGCAAUUCGAACCCACGGCGCUCGCAGAUGAGGUAUCUCACAACUUAGGGGUCCGUUGGUCCACGUCAUCUGAUCCAACCCGAGAAUCGACCAAUCUCCACCAUGGCGUAAGGUAUCCAGGUCUGGCGGCGGACUGGAUACGUGAAACCGCCAAAGAUGAGAUUGUCGAUCGAGUUCUCCGGCCAUUCUUUGACCAACUCAGCAUCCAUGCGUUUGAGAGCACCUACAGCAUCAGCAAUCCGAACUUGGAAGCAUGCCGUGAUGAUCUGCUGGCAGAUUUGUUCAACGAAAGUACCAUGGCAAACUAGCCUUCUUCGGCAUAUCUUAUUUACGCUAUAUGUACUAUACGCUAGGAAUAAACACUAUACAUUCUUC